UAUAGAUUAAACCCUCGUUUUCAUUACAAUUUGUAUUCAAUUUUACAUUUUUCUACAGGAUUUUAACGAAAAGGAGACUUCGAAACUUUAGCAGAUUGGCGGCUCAAAGUUUUGACUCAGCUGUUUGGUGAUUUUUCUUCUUCUUCCCCCUGCUCUUCACCUGCUUAAUUGGAGCUAUGGUUCCCCAAUGACCACGUUGGCGAGCUCGACGAUCUCUAUAUUCGCUGAAUCACGCUCCCCCAUCUCCCAGAUCUUCGAAACCUUCGGAAACUUCAUGACUGCCCACAAUCCGAAAUGUUAAAACCCCUCAAAACCCCACCUCGUAUGUGCCUCCAUAGCCUUAUUUCUGUAUUGGGUUCUCACCAAUCCCUCAAAUUCUCAUCGGAGCCGAACCCUUGUUCAGCCGCUUCACUUUCAUCACCCACAGACCCUUUUCCCGAAUUGGUCUCUAAGAUUUCUGAUAUUCUUUCUCGCCCCAAAUGGGAAUGGAGUUCAGAGCUUUGCCAUCUGAGCCCCAAACUCAGACCCCAUCACGUAGUGAAGCUCCUCGAAACGCACAAGAACACGGAUUCGGUCUUGCGCUUCUUCUUCUGGAUUUCGAGGAGGCAUUUCUUCAAACACGAUAUGAGCUGCUUCGUUUCGAUGCUGAAUAGGCUUGUCCGCGAUCGUCUUUUUGCGCCGGCAGACCAUGUAAGAAUUCUAAUGAUUAAAACAUGUAGAAAUGAAGGAGAGGUUAAGCGGGCAAUUCAGUUUUUGAGUGAGAUUAAUACCAAAUACGGUUUUGGGUAUACUUUGUAUAGUUUUAAUACUCUUUUGAUUCAGUUGGGCAAGUUUGAAAUGGUUGGUUUAGCUCGAGAUGUGUAUAUCGAGGUGCUUAACAGUGGGAUCAGACCCAGUUUAUUGACAUUUAAUACAAUGAUAAAUAUUUUAUGCAAGAAGGGAAAGAUUCAAGAGGCAGAGUUGAUUUUGAGUCAUAUUUUUCAUUAUGAUGCCUGCCCAGAUGCUUUUACAUACACAUCUUUGAUUCUUGGGCAUUGUAGAAAUCAUAAUUUAGAUUUGGCAUUUGAGAUGUUUGACCAAAUGGUGAAAGAGGGGUGCGAUCCAAACUCGGUAACUUAUUCAACCCUUAUCAAUGGACUAUGCGGUGAAGAGAGGUUAGAAGAGGCAAUGGAUUUGCUCGAAGAAAUGGUUGAGAAAGGGAUCGAACCAACAGUAUAUACAUACACAAUUCCAAUAGUUUCAUUAUGUGAUGCUGGUUGUUCCAGUGAGGCGGUAGAGCUUCUAGGCAAAAUGAAAAAGAGGGGCUGUCGUCCAAAUGUUCAAACGUUUACAGCAUUAAUUAGUGGUUUAUCUCGAGAUGGGAAAAUUCAGGUUGCAAUUGGCCUAUAUCACAAGAUGCUGACUGAUGGUUUGGUUCCAACGACUGUUACAUACAAUGCCUUGAUUAAUCAAUUGUGUGUGGAAGGAAGAUUUGAAAUUGCUCUCAAAACUUUUCAGUGGAUGGAGAGUCAUGGUAGUUUGCCGAAUACACAAACAUAUAACGAAAUAAUUAAAGGGUUUUGCUCAAUUGGUGACAUUCAGAAGGCAAUGGUUCUCUUUGACAAAAUGCUCAAGACUGGUCCUUCYUCAAAUGUGGUAACUUACAAUACACUUAUUUGCGGAUAUAGCAAGCAGGGAUACAUGAACAAUGCAAUGAGAUUGUUUGAAAUGAUGAAGGGUAAUGGAUGUAAGCCAGAUGCUUGGACUUAUACUGAACUUAUUUCGGGGUUUUCUAAAGGGGGAAAAUUGGACUGUGCAKCUUCUMUUUUCAAUGAAAUGAUGGAAAAUGGUAUUUCUCCAAAUCAGGUUACGUAUACAGCAAUAAUUGAUGGAUACUUCACAGUGGCAAAAGUGGAUGAUGCCUUAGCAAUGUUUAAGAGGAUGGUGGAAAGUGGAAACCUUCCAAGUAGUGAAACCUACAAUGUGAUGAUAAGUGGUUUCUCUAAAAUUAAUCGUAUUUCUGAAGCAGAGAUUUUCUGUGGUAGAAUGGUGAAGCAAGGUUUGUCCCCAAAUGUCAUUACCUACACAUCUUUGGUCGAUGGGCUCUGCAGGAAUGGCAGGACAGGUCUUGCAUUCAAGAUUUUCCAUGACAUGGAGAAAAGAAAUUGUUUGCCAAAUUUAUACACUUAUAGUUCCCUAAUUUAUGGUUUAUGCCAAGAAGGUAGGGCUCAGGAUGCAGAAAGGUUACUUGAUGGAAUGGAGAGGAAGGGAUUAACCCCUGAUGAGAUAACAUUUACCUCUCUUAUGGAUGGUUUUGUUGCACUUGGCAGAAUUGAUCAUGCAUUUCUCCUUUGCAGGCGAAUGAUUGAUGUUGGCUGCAGACCCAAUUACCGAACCYUUGGCAUAUUGCUGAAGGGUUUGCAAAAGGAAAGUCAGUUGGUUACAGAAAAAGUUGUAGCCCAACAUGAAGUCAUGUAUACUUGURGCUCUGAUGAGAAAAAUAGCACAUCAUAUACACUGUACAGUCUCCUGGCUAGAUUGUCUUACUAUGGAUGUGAACCAACUGUUGAUACAUACACCACUUUGGUGAGAGGCUUGUGUGGAGAGGGUAGAUGCUAUGAGGCAGAUCAGCUGGUCGGUAGCAUGAAAGAGAAAGGGUUGCCACCUGGUGAAGAAAUUUAUCAUGCUCUAUUGGUUGGGCAAUGUAAGAACUUGGAAGUGGAAUCUGCUCUUAAAAUCUUUGACUCUAUGGUUACAAUGGGUUUUCAGCCCCUCCUAGCAGCUUACAAGGUGCUCGUAUGUGCGCUUUGCAAAGCAAGUUACAAGCAAGAAGCUCAAACUUUGUUUCAAACUAUGCUUGAAAAGCAUUGGAAUAGUGAUGAGGUUGUCUGGACAGUUUUGCUUGAUGGAUUACUCAAGGAAGGGGAGAUCGAUCUAAGUUUGAAGCUUCUUCAUGUCAUGGAAUCUAGAAAUUGCACUCUCAAUUUCCAGACAUAUGUUAUGUUAGCCAGAGAACUAUCUACACUAGAUAACUCAAUUGAGAUCCCUCAAAUCUUUGAACAGUUGAGAAUUAUAAAGGAUACAAAAUGAAUCAAGGUUCUUUUAUUUGAACGACGAGAAUGCUCUCAAGCUUCCAAUAUAAUGGACCUUGUUCUAAUGGGAUCCAACAAGUUCUCGAAUUUAACCGAUGGCAUUUCCCMUCCUGAAUGGCUGAAACAAUUUGUAUUGCUGUUAUUUACUAACGUGAAGAACCAACUGUAGAUGUACUUUAGAAGAAGACGGAAAUUGCUCUACAAGAAGCUUCUAAAGGGUAAAAGUGACAGUUUCUGCACCAGAGCUUUCUAUGUUCUUGAUGACCAUUAUAACAGGAAUAUCUACCGCCUAUACGUAAUAUUGAUGCUUCUACACCACACGAUUUGUUGAUUCACUUUAUUCUUUCCGUCACCAAAGACAGUACCGACAGAAUGCUGCCGCGGAGCAGGUCACUUCAUUCCAUGUCACUAGUAUGAGUCAUCAAUAAAGAGUUCGGUGGUUGAUUAGUUGCAGGAUCACUAACCGAAGUAUAAUGUCAAUUGUUUUGUCCUAGAGUUAAACCCAUUCUUACGGGUGCCUAAAAUUUUGGCGCUUCCUGAAUAAUAGAUAUAUGAGAAAGAACCGUGAAUAAAUGUAUAUGUUCAGCACAAAAAUUUUGGGGCCUAUGUCCGACCCAAGUAUAAUUGAUUAAUUAAUGUAUCAUUUCAAAUUCUGCUGUGUUCUUUAAUCGUCUCAAUGUGCACUAUCUAUAACCAUACUUAUGAAACUUUUUGAUGCCUCCCAAAAAUAACAUCUCUGUUUAAUGGAAACAGUUGAAGGCUGAUAAUUUGCUGUUGGAAUGGAGAAACUGAAUGGUCUGUUUGAGGCAUUUAUAAUUGUUUAACACCAUUACAGAUUUAAGUGAUUUAGACCCAGAAGAUAGCAGAGAAUCCAAGGUGCCAUCACAUGCAAUGGACUCAUGGGGGAAUUUUGAGCUUUUGGGCUGAAGGAAGUAACGUUCCCCUUGGCAGGUAGGCUUUCCAGAAAAUUUUGAUUUGGGUUUGGACAAUAAAGACCUGUUUGGCUAAUGGGCAAUCUUCCUAGUUCCUCCCUUAAAAAGAAACCAGCAACAGAAAACAGAUGAAAGAGGAAAAUGCUCUGAAACAGAUGGGUAGGCAGAGUAGUGAACCCACCAUGGUUGGUACCUCCAUAGCCCUGUUACAAGCAAGGUUCAGACAGUUGCAGAAAGACAAGCAAAGGAGGGAGAAGAAGGAGCUUAUUAACCUGUUAUCUGAUUCAAACCGGGUUGAUGCCUCGAUAAUGCAUUUAGAACCCAGAAGCUCGUCGUCAACCCUGAGAGAUAUGGAGUCGGUGGACUCCGACUCGCUCUCCCUUGGCCUUUACUUGCAAAAUGCAGGUAAACAAGCUCAUAUCUUUGAAGCUAGGUCAAUGCCUGCUGUGACCAAGUUCUGGCCUGACAAUUCAGUCACGGCAAGUAUGUCGAGAAGUUUCGAUAGUCCAGACGUGGAUACCACUCUUCAUCUAUAGAGAACUUCUUCACUUAGUAUUUAUGUUGGUUUAUUUGCUUGCUUCUCUCCCAACUUAAGAAUGAAAAGAGUGUGUGCAACUGAACUGAUAUGUAGUGUGAUCAAUUAUGUAUUGAUGAUGCUGUGGAUAUUUUGUGAGUUGUAGUUUUUGCUUGGUUAGCUCUAGGAAUGUGCCUUAUGAGAAAAGGAGGGAAGGGAAGUGAUGGAAAAUAACUCUCAGAUGAUCUCUUUUAUCAGUUUCAUAAUGUUUAAAUAUCUCUUUUUUUCUUCUUUUUUAUUCUUCUCUGUAUGGAAGUAUGGAGUAUAUAAAGUAAGGAAAUUCUCUGA